AUGAAGGUUUCUGUGGCUUUAGAGGUCUUGGCUCUCCUUGCUGCUUCGAUGUGGCCUUGUGCUGACAACGUGCUUGUGAAAAUAGCUUGUUCUUUGGAUUGGAUGAUGGUCCAAGUUACCCCAUAUACAUACUGCGGACAUCAGUAUAUAUUGGCUGAGGAAUUAUACCUGGGAUUGGGCUGUCCUGUGACCUGGAUAGAAACAUAUGCAUAUCAUUUUAUAUAUCCCAUUUCUGAUUGUGGUAUCAGGACACAGGUUGUUUCAGAACAUACUCUCAUUUUGCAAAGUGAGCUGUACUAUAACCCGAGGGGCCUACAUUGGAGUUGUCAAAUGGUCCCUCUGCAGUGUUCUGUCUCUAGGAAAUCAGUGUGGCUUACACCAGUUUCUACAGAUGAAAUAAAAUCGAAUCUCAGUCCCUUUAUUGCUGACUUCGAGGCAACAGCAAAAGAGUUAGGAUUACUAUGUUUGAAUUAA